AUGAGGGUACCUCCCCCUCCUAGAAGAUCAAGGUCUAGAAAAGUUUUAUUCUACGUUAGAAAGGUUAAAAGGAUUUGUUUCUAUAGAUUUUCUAAGAAAAAAUCGAAUGAAAGGAAAUUAAAGUCAACAAAAACAUGGUCAAAAUAUUUAAAACACAAAUUUGUUAAUGUAAGAACUCCUCUUACAUCUGUUCGCAUAGAAGAUAUGGUUAACUUACCUUCUGCAACCCAAGUGAGAUCUGCAAAAUCUAAACCACUCUUAAUAACUACCUUUUACGAUGGGUGUGAAAAUAGACCAGAUGUUACUAUGCUACAAAGAACAAGAUUGUCAAGAUUACAUUUAAGCAAAAGGAAAUUCAGAUUAAGUCAUUUUGACAAUUUGGAAACAUAUUUGAACAAUGACAAUAAAUUAAAACAAAAAAUGAAUCAUGAAUGCGCUAAUUCGGUUAGAAUUAUCAAAAAUAUUUACAUGAAGAAUGCAGAUGUGAAAGUUGUUUAUCAUGGUAAAAAUAUAAUACAAAGAAAAAAUCUAUUAUUUCAACAUUCCACAGAUCUCCAAAAAAAAACUCUAAAUAAUACUAUUCAAGUAACAAAUCCCAAUUCUCCAGAGUUUGUGGAUUUUGGAAAUGAUAUUUCUGUACGGUUACAUGAUUAUUCAGUCAUAGAUAAAGAAAAUAUAAUUUCCAGAAAAUUGUUUGAUAAAGGGAAAGGCAAAAGAAAUAAGUAUCUGUAUAACAUCAAUGGUAAAAAAGAACAUAUAAAUAAUCCUGAAAUUAAGAAACUAUUUAUAAAGUCCCCCGCUCUUCAUAUUACUUAUUCACCCAAAGUAGUUAAUACACAGACCUCAGAGAUAGUUGUCAUCUCUCAUUUUCGAUGA